GAUAUUAACAGAUUUCAGUGUAUUAGAGGCCUGAAUUGUUGAAGACACUGUGUUUGAACUGUUUUUUCCCCCUCCCCCAUUACGUAGCGGCUUUGCGGUCAGAGCCCAGUGAAGUCUUGAGUGCCAACCUGUAUAAUUCCAUCCCGGUCACAGCGACUUGUUCAAAUAGCCCAAGGGAGUCAACAGGUGGUGACAACACCGCCACUGAGGUGAUGCAGCCAGCAAGAAGUUCAGUCCUUGAGCCGAGAAUCGGAGAGGCGGGGUGUUAAACAGUGACAGCACACCACCCCGAUGUCGGCCGCCCGGUCCUUGUUCCUUCGGCUUUCGGGGCGUUCUUCUUCUGGACUGUGCAGCGACCAGCAGCUCCUCCUGAGCCCAUCCUGCACACGCAGGCACCCGCCCGCCUAGCCGCGGGCCCGGCGGGCGGGGAGGGCGGAGCCGGGGCCGCGGGCAGGGCCACGCCCCGCGCGCGGCCUAGCCCGGCGCUCCGCCGCCGCCGGCCAUGCCGCCGCUGCCCGGGAGAGCCAUGGCCACUUUCCGCUUGGCCCUCAUCCAGCUUCAGGUUUCUUCCAUCAAAUCAGAUAACCUCACUCGAGCUUGUGGCCUUGUCCGGGAGGCAGCAAGGCAAGGAGCCAAAAUAAUUUCUCUUCCGGAAUGCUUUAAUUCUCCAUAUGGCACGAAAUAUUUUCCUGAAUAUGCAGAAAAAAUUCCUGGUGAAUCCACACAGAAGCUUUCUGAAGUAGCAAAGGAAUGCAGCUUAUAUCUCAUUGGAGGUUCCAUUCCUGAAGAAGAUGCUGGAAAAUUGUAUAACACCUGUGCGGUGUUUGGGCCUGAUGGAACUUUACUAGUAAAGCACAGAAAGCUCCAUCUGUUUGAUAUUGAUGUUCCUGGAAAAAUUACUUUUCAAGAAUCUGAAACAUUGAGUCCUGGUGAUAGUUUCUCCAUGUUUGAUACACCUUACUGCAGAGUGGGCCUGGGCAUCUGCUACGACAUCCGCUUUGCAGAGCUUGCACAAAUCUACGCACAAAGAGGCUGCCAGCUCUUGGUAUAUCCUGGAGCUUUUAAUCUGACAACUGGACCAGCCCACUGGGAGUUGCUUCAGCGAGGCCGGGCUGUUGAUAAUCAGGUUUAUGUGGCCACAGCAUCUCCUGCCCGGGAUGACAAAGCCUCCUAUGUUGCCUGGGGACACAGCACUAUUGUGACUCCUUGGGGGGAGGUCCUUGCCAAAGCGGGCACUGAGGAAACCAUCGUGUAUUCAGACAUAGACCUGAAGAAGUUGACUGAAAUACGCCAGCAGAUCCCCAUUUUUAGCCAGAAGCGAUCAGACCUCUAUGCAGUGGAGGCCAAAAAGCCCUAAACUUUAUGUUUCCAAUGUGUCAUGAAACAGGAUAAGUUUUUACAACAUAAUCAACUCCCUGCUAAAUUCUUCAAUAGAGUUUUUGUUUGUUUGUUUUAAUAAUUUCAGCCUUUUCCUUUCCUGGGAACUCUUUAUUGAGAUGAUGGAGCAUCAGCACACGAUAUUAUCCAUGUCAUACUAAAUAAUUAAAGAGGGCUCAGGCUAGCACUGCAGAGCAAAAGAGGGGAUGGUUAUAAUAAAUCUGUAUUUAAGUUGCCUCAAAGCAAUUGGUAAACAUAUCAGCUUUUGGUAUCCUGGUGGUUGAUUUACCUGAUUUGAGUAUAUUUGUGUCAUGAACCCCUUAUUAUGGAGAAGGAAUCCAUUAUGUAGAAACCUUGGUCUGGUGCUUUUCUGUACAGUACCUUAGUUACAUUUUGGGUCUGUGUAUCUUUGGGAAGCAAGAUGAUGGGUGCUUGGUGUUUGCUAGAAGAGAUGGCAGCCCUACCCUUCCCAGCAGCCUCCAGGCCCUUCACAUUCAAGGAGCUAAUUAUUCAGCCCAGAGUAGGUGCAGGGGAGAGGAUGGGUCAGCAGUAAGGUCUAUGUGAGAAUGGCAGGUGGUGGCAUUUGGUCAAGGCAACUGAAGUAUGAGUCUCUGCAAAAGAUUUUCUGGAUAAGGGUGAGUCUGAAAGUCUCUUUUUCUUUUUGCUUUUCUCUCAAGUAACAUUUUUUAGCUUGAAAAAGGCAAGUUUUCGGCCUGGUGGUUCUCAGAAUCCUUUUGCACAAUUAAAAAUUAGAAUUCUAGUGAGCUUUUGUUUAUGUAUGUUACAGCUAGUAGUAGGCUAGUAAAUGCUUAACAAUGACCUGUCCAAGAAAAAACCCUGAUUUUGUUUUAGUGUUUGCCAAUUUCCAUGCUAUAAAUACUUCCACCAUGGCCAAAUUCAAGCUAUCAAUGACACCUCUAAAAACACAGUUGGGAAUAGAUGCACACUUAGCUCUUGUGAGAUGCGGCAUCCCUGAUCUAGCACAACACUGUUUACAUGUAUAUAGAUACUUACCAUAUUGGAAAAUAGGAAAAUUUAAGCAGAAGAAUACAUGACCACACAUUCCAUUAGCUGUAAGAAUGACGACAUCAUCAUGUCAUUUCAUCUUUGGAAAACAGCAGAGUACAAGAGUGAAAAAGCCAAAUGACCUUUUAAAAUAAAUGUAUAGUUUGAUAAAAUUUGACACAUGUAUACAUCUAUGAAACCACUCCAAUCAAAAUAAUGAACAUACCUCUCCCCUUGUCACAGAAUUUUCUUGUGCUCUUUUAUAACCUCUCUAGCUGCUCUUGUCCCCAGGCAAUCACUGAUCCGCUUUGCCGCUCUACACUAGUUAGAAUUUUUUAGAAUUACCUAAAAAUGGAAUCAGAUCAUAUACUUUUUUGUCUUCUUACACUGAUCAUAAUUAUUUGGAGAUUUGUCCGUGUGUGCAUUAGUAAUUCAUUACUUUUUUAUUCCUGAGUAUUAAUUUAUGUAUAGAUGUACCAUAAUUUAUCCAUUCACCUGGAAAUUUGAGUUUUCAGUUUUUGGGUAUUACAAAUAAAGCUGCUAAAAACAUUGUGUACAA